UUUAAUUUACUCGAAAACGAAACACUCGGACGAAGGUAAAGGGGAAAGAAAAGAGGAGUGGGCAGCAGCGCUUUGGUCAUCGGCGGCCGGUGAGCCUCGCAGUCGCCGUCGCCUCUCCCUCCCCUUUGGUGAUCAGGUCGGAGCGAUUGAGCUCGCCGGCUCCGGAUGUCGGGGCGCAAGGAGACGGUGCUGGACCUGGCCAAGUUCGUCGACAAGGGCGUCCAGGUCAAGCUCACCGGCGGCAGGCAAGUUACAGGAACUUUGAAGGGCUAUGAUCAGCUUCUGAACUUGGUGCUUGAUGAAGUGAUUGAGUUUGAAAGAGAGCAAGAUGAUCCAUUGAAACUAUCGGCGAAAACAAGACAGCUUGGUCUCAUUGUCUGCAGGGGCACAGCGGUGAUGCUGGUAUCGCCAACCGAGGGAACAGAGGAGAUCAAUAACCCCUUCCAAGAUGCUGAUGGAGCUCAGACCUGACCCGCUUAGUGAAGAUCUAUUCGUUCCCAACUCCCCCAAGUAUGGCCUCAGAUGUUGAUCCCGGUGGUACAUUAGCUCGUGUAAUCUGGUGUACGUUGUAAAAAGCUAUGGCAGUAUAUGCUGAAGCAGUAGCCCUCUCGGAUGAAUAAUGGGUCACACUGGAUUUUCUUUCAUGCGUAUAUAUAGGAUGUGUUUGGUGUUUGUACAUGUUUAGUUUCGCUGCUUUGUCAGUAAGACUCUGUUAUGCCUUGUGUAAAGUUCAGCUAGCCUUGUCUGUGCUUGGACAGUUUCUUCCUUGCCUGUCUUUGCAGCAAGAUGAACUUGUGAGAAUUACUCCGUAUUUUACUA